UUUGAAUCUGUAAAGUUGUACUUGGACACAGAAGGUAUGAUGUCAAUAAUAACAGCAGUUUGAUUUGAGUUUGUAUUGUGCAUGAUGAAAACCAUGCCCAUUAACACUGAUGCUUUUUAAUUCCCUAAUAAUGUUGUACCCUUUAAAUCUGUCUUUACAUAACAUUACACAACUGUCCAUAUUCAUGUUCUCCACCACAGCCAAAUAAUGAGGCUCAGUGUUUUCACCCUUCAUGCUAAAUAAACAUGGUCGGUGGAGCUCCUGUGUGUUACCACAUAUUACCAUAGUCAUAUGUGAGUUAGAUGAGCUGGAUACGGUUGUGGUCAAAAUAACAGGAAAACAUAACCACAACACUGGUGGUUUAAAACAACAAAUGAAAAAGAAAAAGAAGCUUUAAUUGAAACAAUUUCGUACAUCGGCCACCCGGCAUUCAAUAGUCAGAAACAGCAGAACUUAUUAAGUCUAGAAGUCUUAUUUCUAAAAGUACAGCAUGUAUAACAUGAAAAUGAUUUAUCUAAAUCAGUCACAAAUGGCUAUCUAGCAAAUAUAGUUGGACAAAGCAGCUCUGAGCUACAUUUGUUAGCCAAAUCUCAAUGGAAAGUCUGAAGCCAUGACUAUCGUGUGCUAACUUAUCCAGGUGGCCUAUGGACUUGGGGAAUGUAAAAUGCAAAUGUAAGAGUGAGCUUUGUAAAUUAGCUUUUACCAGCCCCACUGCAUUCGUCAACUUUCUUUAAUUCUCAUUCAGCACCACCUUUCACUCUGGAAACUUGUUCUUCACAGGGAACAUUGUAAUGACAGAUAAAAUUGCUUAAAACUUGCGGAUCAUCUCUUUUAAAAUGCAGAUUAUAAGGAUCAAGACACUCUCUGGUGCAGGAAUGCUGCUUUUUGCUGCACUAUUCAUGUUUGGCCAACCUUCAAAUGUGGGGUCCACAGAGGUGACCUAUUGGGCAGAGAUCAUGAUUGAGGGAAAUAAAACCUUAAAUGUGGGAGUCUAUCUGCCUGGACUUAUAGGGACUGUUCUGGAUACAACGGGAGUAACUAUCACAGGCGCUGAAAUAGCAGCAGAGUGUGAGAUAAUUGGCCAAAACUCAACAUGCUGGUGUGGAACAGACUAUGUUUGGAGCAAUCUUGUUUGUGACAGUGUAAAUAAAUGCUGCAAUGUGCAACAAUGUGUGGCAAAUAUAUCAACCUACACACCUCUGUGUCUGCCCAAAAUGAACGUUUCACUCAUUGGCAUGCUCACUGGGAGCAACGCAACAGUCGAAGCCACGUUGCUGAGUGCUUUUAAUGUGCUGAAUGCCUUCAACUCACUGACUAUCCAAAGCACCACUUACACAGGGUUAAGUACGUACGCUCACAAUUUCACAGUGUCUCUUAGUUCUGUGUUUUCCACCAGCAAAGUCCAAGGCAUAAUUGCUACGCUGUUGACGCAAAAAUCAGUUUACAGUCUCAGUGUUAGGUCUCUAGGCAUGGUAUACAUGGAGGCACCUACAGGAAAAGUGUGUUAUAAUUCAAAACAACAACUGAACUGUACCAGUAUCGAAGCUAUGAGCAAGUGCGUGUGGCAGAUGUCCAGAGAUGAUGAGGACCCUUUGAUUCUGGGACCAGGAAGUGAAGUACAGCUGUCAGAUACUUGUACAGAUCUCUCAACAGUCACACUGCUCAAGACAAAUGGAUACUGGUCAGGAAUAUACAGCUGCCUUUUUGUCUCAGGGAACUUAGCUCACAUGGCCAUAGCACCUAUUCAAAUUGCACUGCUGCCAGAGGUCAUUAAUGUGACAAGCAAUCCACAAACUGCAGACUGUUCUGCAUCAACAUCCACCCAAGUCAGCAUCGCAUGUACCAUCGAAAACAGCACUGAAACCUACACAGCAAAGCUAAAACUCGGAAAUACUGAAAAUUCAGCAAGUAAAGCAGAAAUCAAUGGAAUAAUCAGUUAUACAGCGGUAUUCACUGUUGACUGUGUAGCGGCAAGCAAACCAAGUUCACUUGAUGCCAGUUGCACUUUAGAGAACUCUUUGGGUCAGCUGCGAAAUCAAACAAUAAAAGUACCAAUCAUUUACCCCAGUGACAUGUUUUGUGCAGAGGACAAAAUUGAUGAUAGAAUAUGGCCAAAAACAAAGAAUAAUGAAACAGCCAGUAUAGAUUGCACUGCGCCUGGGAGACAGGGCAUAAUGAAACGCAAAUGCAAUGGAAAACAAUGGGGGGAAGAAGUCUCUCUGUGUGUUAAAGCAAUCCUGAAUAGUGUAGCUUUGCAAGCAAAGGAUUUUGAAAAAGGACUUGGAGCAACACAAGAAGGCGCUCAGCUUAUCUUUCAGAGCUUGAAAAAUAACACAGUUGAUGACAGUGAUAACACUUUUGGUGAUGUCAAGGCAGCAGUUUCUGUUUUCGAAACUAUGAACAAGGCAUCAGCAAACAUGCCACUAGGCGAGAACCUUCUUGCAGAUUUCAUCGACUCAGCCAGCAGCAUGCUGAAUGUAACCUGGGAUGUGGGAGACAAGGAAGAGAGCAAUUCAGUGGCCACACAAUAUCUGUCAUCCGUUGAAGGUCUCGUGAAAAACAUCAGAAUAAAUGCCAGCGAAGGCUACAACUCCACAAAUAUUCAGCUUCAGAUCUGCCGAAACGGCAGCAGUUGCAACAGAACCGUUUUCAAUGUGGAUGUUGAGCUGAAUGCAACAGCAGAUAUGGUGAAAACAGUAGGAUUACAGAGCUUGGCCAACCGCAUGCCAAAGCUGGGCUAUGAGGAUUCAACUUUUCCUAGCAUAGUUGUAUCCAGCACAGUUGAGAACAACACUCAGUCAUCAGUGAACAUAAAAAUGGCUUUUCCGAAUGAACAGGGCGGCAGUACUAAGAUGACCUGCGUUUUCUGGAACGUUACUGAGAAAAGAUGGUCAGAUGAGGGCUGCGAAUUUGUUAAAGGCUCUGGGAACCUUGCGUACUGUCAAUGCAACCAUCUCACCUCCUUCUCCAUGCUCAUGUCUAAGCAUGCAGUAAGCAUGCCUUUUCUAGAUCAGCUCACGUACGUUGGACUGGGAGUCUCCAUUUGCUCUCUCAUCGUAUACAUCAUCAUCGAGUGUUUGGUCUGGAAAGCCGUAGUCAAAUCCAACCUUUCCCACUUCCGGCACACUGCUCUCCUCAACAUCUCUCUGUGUCUGCUUUUGGCAGACUGCAGCUUCUUAGCUUCCUCCUUCCCAUCAAUCCUAAAUGAAUCCCUGUGCCUGGUAUUGGUGUUGGCGAAGCAUUACUUCUUCCUUGCGAUGUUCUUUUGGAUGCUGUGUCUGAGCGUCAUGUUGGUUCACCAGCUCAUGUUCGUCUUCAGUCAUAUCGGAAAAAAGAUGUACAUGAUCCUCGGAUUCACCAUUGGCUAUGUUUGUCCGACAGUGACUGUGGCUGUUACAUAUGUGUACUACGACCAAACAAAGGACAUCCCAUACUACAGCUCUAAAACGUGCUGGCUUACCUAUAAGUCAGCCAUGCAGGGAUCCAUCCACGCAUUUCUCUUCCCAGUCGGGACCAUCGUGCUGGUGAAUGUGUUUUCCAUGGUGGUGGUCAUUGCAACCGUUUUGAAGCCGUCUGGAGCUGAGAGCAACAAAAAGGGAGACAAAGAAGCGGCGAAAAGCAUCAUCAAAGUGGUUAUCUUUCUCACGCCUAUUUUUGGUGGGACUUGGAUUCUGGGGCUUUUUGUGUUUCUGAUGGACGACUUUACACAGUUUAUUACAUACGUAGUGCAUUACGCAUUCACCAUUGUCAACUCCCUGCAGGGCUUCUUCAUCUUGUUGACAGGAUGUUUUGCAGAAAAAAGGGUCCGAGAUGAAAUACUGAGAAUAGUUCUGGGGAAAUCAGCAAAAGAUCAAGGAACAGUAACAACCACAAAAUAAAUGAUCCAUACAAGUAAAUGCACACAGGAAAAAACAUGUU